AUGUCGAAGAAAUACAGAUAUCUUUUAAUUUUAUUCCGGAGUGGGGUUGGAACCACCAAUCAUAGUUUGUUUAAGUCGCCUAUUUUAUAUAAACCACGCUUUGUAUUCCUCGUUCUUCGUUUUCCAAUACGCGUGGCGAUGGCAUCAACAAAUGAUGGGACCGAGAUCUCUCAGGCAGAUAAGAAUGUAGAGAUGUGGAGAAUCAAGAAGCUGAUCAAAAGUCUAGAGUCUGCUAGAGGUAACGGGACGAGCAUGAUUUCGCUUAUCAUUCCUCCAAAGGAUCAGAUUACUAGAAUAGCAAAGUUAUUAGCUGAAGAGUAUGGAACGGCAUCUAACAUCAAAAGUCGUGUAAAUCGCCUAUCCGUCCUGAGUGCAAUAACUUCAGUACAACAACGUCUGAAGCUGUACACUAAAGUUCCUACCAAUGGCCUCGUAGUUUACUGUGGAACAAUAGUCACUGAAGAUGGUAAAGAAAAAAAAGUGAAUAUCGAUUUCGAGCCAUUUAGACCGGUAAAUACGUCCCUAUAUCUUUGCGACAACAAGUUUCAUACAGAGGCCUUAGUAGCUCUGCUGGCGGACGACAGCAAAUUCGGAUUUAUUGUUGUCGAUGGUAAUGGGGCCUUGUUCGGGACAUUGUCGGGAAACACUCGCGAGGUUCUGCACAAAUUUACUGUGGAACUGCCUAAAAAGCAUGGUCGUGGAGGACAGUCUGCGCUUCGUUUUGCACGUUUGCGGAUGGAAAAGCGACACAACUAUGUUCGUAAAGUAGCUGAGACAGCGACACAACUUUUCAUAACAAACGACCGACCAAACAUCGAAGGCCUUAUUCUUGCAGGAAUUGCUGACUUCAAGAGUGACUUGGGACAAUCUGAUAUGUUUGAUCAAAGACUUCAAGCAAAAUUGAUCAAAAUCGUAGAUAUAUCAUAUGGUGGGGAGACAGGGUUUAACCAGGCUAUCGAACUAGCCACAGAUGCACUUGCUGGCGUGAAAUUCAUACAGGAAAAAAAACUUAUUCAAAGAUACUUUGACGAAAUAUCUCAAGAUAGUGGGAAGUACUGCUUCGGUGUUGAAGAUACUUUAAAGUCUUUAGAGAUGGGAGCCGUGGAGACCCUCGUGGUAUGGGAGAACCUAAGCGUGAACCGCUAUGUCCUCAAAGUUCCAACUUCUGAAGAAAAUAGAAUUAUACACUUGCGUCCUGACCAAGAAACUGAUCGCCGACAUUUCAUCGACCCCGAGACGGGCUCUGAUUUAGAGAUACUCGAUACUCAGCUUCUUCUAGACUGGCUCGCUCUAAACUACAGGUCUUUCGGAACAACUUUGGAGAUUGUCACGGACAAGUCGCAGGAAGGUGCUCAGUUUGUCCGUGGCUUCGGUGGGAUAGGUGGUAUUCUGCGCUAUCAGCUCGAUUUCAAUCACUUGGCGGGUGGUGAUGUUGAUUUCGAGGAUGACUUCAAUCUUGAUGAUUACUGA